GGCCGGCGUACGGGAGUCUGCGCACUGAGCACGGCCGACGAUUUUCUCUUGUUUAUGCUUCAUCAACAAGCAUAAAUAAUGCUACUGUGGAAAGCGGCCAGUGAAUGAGUGGAGAUUUGAGGCUUUGACUCGAGAGGCUUCGACAAGAAGAGGCAGAGGAUGAAUUUGUUCCCAGUUAGUCUUUAUAGUGCCUCCUGAGAUGGUGAUGUUCCUCUCCUGUGAGAUGUGGCAGGCCUGGGGGAGCUCCCCUCUCCCGCAGAGACACAUCUGCCAGAAGUGCUUGCGGCUGGGCGAUCUGGAAGACCGUGUGAGGAAUCUGGAGCAGCAACUGGAGGACCUUUGACUCAUAAGUGAGAAUGAGGCAGUCAUAGAUGAGAGCUACAGGGAGGGAGUCACACCUAAGCUGCCGGAAACAGGUCAUUGGGUGACAGUCACAGGGGGGAAAGCGAAGGUGAGUAGACAGAUAGUGCAGAGCACCCGUGUAGCCAUUCCCCUGAAUAAUAAGUUUACCCCGUCCUGGAUGCUGUUGGUGAGGACGACCAACCAGGUGUGAGCCACGGUGGCAGGGCCUCUGGCACUGAAUCUGACCCUGUGAUGCAGAAGGAUGGGACAGAGAAGAGGAGAGCUGUCAUCAUUGGAAUAAUUGGAGACUCUAUAGUCAGGGGAGCAGACAGGAGAUUUUGUGGACGUGAGAGGGAAACCCGCAUGGUUUGUUGUCUCCUGGGUGCCAGAGUCUGGGAUGUCUCUGACCUGGUGCAUGACAUCCUGGUACGAGAGGGAAAGCAACCAGAAGUCGUGAUACAUGUUGGUACCAACGACAUAUACAGGAAGAGGGAUAAGGUCCUGAAGUGUGAGUUUGGGGAACUAGGCAGAAGGCUGAAGAACAGGACCUCAAGGGUGGCAUUCUCAGGAUUGCUGCCAGUGCUACGUGAUAGUGAUAGUAAGAACUGGAGGAGAUGGCAAUUGAAUGCAUGGCUGAGGAGUUGGUGCAAGGGGCAGGGUUUUAGAUUUUUGGAUCAUUGGGAUCUCUUCUGGGGAAGGUGGGACCUGUACAGAUUGGAUGGGUUGCACUGAACUCGAGUGGGAGCAAUAUCCUUGCGGGUAGGUUUGUUAGCAUGGUUUGGGAGGGUUUAAACUAAUUUGCAAGGUUGAUGGGACCCGGAGCGAUAGAGCAGUGAAAGAAGUGCAUGGAGUAAAGCCAGAUCUAACAUAUAGAGAGGCUUUGAGGAAAGAGAAGCAGAAUAAAGGGUGUAAAGGUAAUAAGGUAGAAGGGCUAAAGUGUGUGUAAAGGGGGUUUCUUUUUUUUUCUUUGUUACUGUUGGGAAAGGGUUUCCUUUUGUUAACUAGCAGGAAUGCUAAUUUACUGAUAACGAGAAUGGUAUUCCUUUGUAAACCAAAUGGGGAUUAAUGUUCUUUCUUCUGAGUCUGUAAGCUUUUGUUGACGGGCUUUUGGGCAGAUCGGCGCGAGGGGGUCGAGAGAGAGGACGCAAUGCUCUAAGCUGGGCGAGGAUCAGACCCCCCUUUGGGGUCCGAGGCCGGGAGAUUCUCCGAGGGGGGGGGGGAUGAAGCUAGAUGUGCUUGGUUGACCACUCGGAGGGUCCUGAACUGUUUGGAGAGUCGAGGAGUUCGGAGGGGAUCGAAUGGUGGCCAGAAGACUUCAGUAAUUGAGCUCCAACGGUUCUGCACGAAGUGGUUUGGACUUUGAUAAGUUUGGCGCCUUUUCUUUAAUUUUCUCUUCAUGUAUACUGUAUCGUUAUUAAUCACUUAGUUAUAGUAACCUUUAUAAAUUGUACUCAUUUAAUCGCAUAUGGUGUACUGUCUGUUUUUGGGCGAGGCGGGGACAUCACACAGCAUCCACACCAGCUGAUUACCCAGUUUGGCGGGGCCGAAGGCUGCUCCCCCUAGAUGAAACGAGCUGAGCGAACCUGAGGCGACCCAAGGGGUUACAUUGUGGGGUGCUCGUCCGGGGUUGAUUUCUGUGGAAGCUGUGUGAUCACCCUCUUUAAAUUGUGUCUGCGGCGAAGAGCUGGUGUGCCUUUGUGGGUGUGCGAUUGCUGGUUAUCGCUGUGUGUGUGUUGGGUGGGGUGGUUGCUGUUGGCUGACGAAAUGGUGGUGGGACCAUGGGUUGUCCGUACUGUUUGGAGAUUGAGGAAUGACAGGUUGGGAUGUUUCAGCAGUGGUGAGCUCCGCCCGGUUAUUGGAAUAAUGUCCAGCCCUAAAGGGGCGGAGGCGUGGGUGGAGCGGACCCCUCAGUUGUUGGGUGAGUGGCAGUGCUUGGCUGAGGAAAAGCGACAGGGACGGGUUGAAAGUUUGAGUAGGCGGGCUGGUGACUUUGUUAGAACUGUCAGGCGCAAUUACCUUGAAGUGACCGCUGCCAGUUCUGGGAAAGUGUGGGAAAACGCGUGUGGUUCGACUGGAAGUCAAAUGCCGCAGCUGGGGGGCUUAUUAUAUCUGUGGCAGGAGAUUGGUGGGAAGUUUUUAGGGUAUCCCUUUUUGCCUAGGGGGGCAGAUAAAUUGCUUGUGGUGCCAAGGGGAUCUGUCAAGGGGAUCAGUUGUUCCGUUGAUUCGAGAGGUGUCGGGAAACUUAGAGGUGGCCCAGUGGGGGAACGGCUUGGGGUCUCUGGGGGAGCACAUUCCCAGCAAUGUACCAAGGAACUCCCGAAAGGAACAGACCCUAUUCCUGAAGGCUUAGAGGGGCCAUGCGCACAGGUGUUGUUACGGAUGGAUGGAAGUCAAGUUAAAGCCAUCCUCGGCACCGGGGCGCCGGUGAAGUUGUUGUACUGUUUGUUUCAUAACCGUUAUUGGAAGCAUUUACCCUUGACAACAUUGAGGACACUGGAGAUUCGGGGUACCAGUGCCAGUGAUUAUCCAGACAACGGUUGUUGGUCAGUGAAAAUGGAGUUCUUAGAGGCAAAUGUGGAGGAGACUGAGGUUCAUGAAUCGUUAAUGCUGAUGUGUCCGGACCCUGUUGAGACGGGCAGCGUUUCUGUUCUAGAGAGAACCAAAAUCCUGCUGGUGCGCUUGGGAGCCUGCCCGGAGGAGGCGGGUGAGCGCUGUUUGGAGGCAUUGUUGAUGCACCCAGGGUUUCGAGCUGCUUGUGCGGACGUGUGUAGCAGCAUUGGGCUGAUACCGAAUUCAAACAAGAGCCAGUGGUGGUACGGCCUGGGGGAAGUAUCUGAGGGUGAGACCCUCUUCGUGGACGCUGUGAAAUACCACAAGGGAGGGGAGUUGACUGCUGAAGAUACCUCGGAGAGAGAGAGGUUGCGGCGACUGGCCCCUACAGCCAUGGAAGAUGUAGGCAGCGUGUGUAUGGAUUAUAUUGCGUUGAAGAGGCGCACUGUCAGUGACCAGAAUAUGGCCCUGAGGGCCAGAGAGGCGAUGGCCUGUCUGAGUGGUGUGAAGUGGUUUAAGGUGCUGGAUCUGAGGAGUGGAUAUUGCCAGAUCCCGAUGAGUGGGGCCAACAAGGAGAAGACGGCCGUUAUAAAUUCCCUAGGAGUCUUCGGGUCCGAAAAGAUGCCACAGGGCAUAUCUGGAGCCCUUGCAACCUUCCUGCGGGGCAGGUGGAAGACCAUAGGGGAUGUGGAGGCGUUUGGAGUUUUGGUGUAUGUGGAUGAUCUCUUGGUAUUUGGAUUUGCCUCAGGAGAAUAUGAAGUGAGGUCGUUGCAGGAGCAGCUGAGAACUACCGAAUUAAAGUGUUUUCAGGACACGUGCCAGGGCUGGCGAAGGUCGCAGCUCGUGAGAGACUGUCUCUACGGAAUCAAGUUUGAAAUGAAGACGGAGAGACUGGAGAAAGUGAUCUGGAACCAUUCGGAAGACUUACAAGUUGGAGAGAAUGAAGAAAGUUGUCUGACUGAGGGUAAUAGCAAACUGAGAACCCGGAGAGGAGAGUUUGCAGAGGUGAAGAAAUUACAGACGAAUCUCAGAAGAGAGAAACGGAAGCUUGAAGGGAACCUGAAGAUGACCAUCGACAGUUCAAAUGAAGUGCAAAACCUGAAAGUUGAUCUGGAAGAAGUCAUGAGGAAGAAAAAGCUGGAGAGAAGUGCAGUGAAUACUGAACAGGAGGCUGAAGAGACUGCGGGAGCAGUGCAGGCCACGUGUUUCCGUUUGGAGAAGAUCAAACAGCAGCUACCGAUCACAGGAAUGAGGAAGAAUACAGAUUCGAUGGAUGAUGUGCUGGAUGUGUGGUACAUGCUGCCUUUUGCUGACUUUCCCUCGAUUGAGGAAGAGACCUUUGGCCCUUCUCCCAUUGAGUCAGGUGUAGCGGGGAGGGUUAGCUGUGUGCAGUGUGGGGCAUGAGUGAGAGGUUGAGAGAGGAGUUGGUAGUGGGCCCAAGGUAUCCCCAGUUGUGUCCGAGCCUGAAGGGUUUAAGUGAGGGGGUACGGAGCCCUCAGAAGGGUUAGGGAACUCCCAGAUAGUUGGCCUAAGUAGCGCCUGAGGAACAGGGCGUGAGGGUUACUGUGUGGGGAGGAGAUGUCACUGUUUGUGCUUGGGUUACGGUGUGUUGGCAGGAAAGGUGGCGAGUUAUUUAGUAGUCAUGAGGACAUGACUUUUAUUUGGUGGAGGAAGUGUGUAAAGGGGGUUUCUUUUUUUUUCUUUGUUACUGUUGGGAAAGGGUUUCCUUUUGUUAACUAGCAGGAAUGCUAAUUUACUGAUAACGAGAAUGGUAUUCCUUUGUAAACCAAAUGGGGAUUAAUGUUCUUUCUUCUGAGUCUGUAAGCUUUUGUUGACGGGCUUUUGGGCAGAUCGGCGCGAGGGGGUUGAGAGAGAGGACGCAAUGCUCUAAGCUGGGCGAGGAUCGGACCCCAAAGGGGGGUCCGAGGCUGGGAGAUUCUCUGAGGGGGGGGGGGGGGAUGAAGCUAGAUGUGCUUGGUUGACCACUCGGAGGGUUCUGAGCAGUUUGGAGAGUCGAGGAGUUCGGAGGGGAUCGAAUGGUGGCCAGAAGACUUCAGUAAUUGAGCUCCAACGGUUGUGCACGAAGUGGUUUGGACUUUGAUAAGUUUGGCGCCUUUUCUUUAAUUUUCUCUUCAUAUAUACUGUAUCGUUAUUAAUCACUUAGUUAUAGUAACCUUUAUAAAUUGUACUCAUUUAAUCGCA